AUGACUGUUUCUAAUAAAGAUAUUGCAUUAAACAUAAUUAACUACUUAACAACUUCCAUCAAAAACAAACAAAUCAAUGAAGAAUACGUUGAAUCAUUAGAUGUUGCUAUUGAUUGUAUUGCCGAUGCAUUUGAAGUUAACAAAGAAGAUGCCGAAUCUACCAUCAAGGAUAAAUUCCAAGGCAAAUCAUUAGACCAAUUACUCAACACCAUAAUCACCUCUUCAUCAUCCGCCACUUCCACCAAAGAAUCCGAAGUCGAUGCCGAAACUAGAGCAAAAGCAGAUGCAUUAAAAGUUGAAGGAAAUAGAGCUAUGGCAGCCAAGAAUUUCUCUGUCGCAAUUGCAAAAUAUACCGAAGCUAUUGAAUUAGAUUCAAAUAAUGUGGUAUAUCUUUCCAACAGAGCUGCUGCUUAUUCAUCCAGUGGUGAUCAUGCCAAAGCAGUUGAAGAUGCUGAAAAGGCAAUUGAAUUAAAUCCAAAUUUCGCUAAAGCUUAUUCUAGAUUAGGAUUAGCUAAAUAUGCUCUUGGUGAUGCUAAGUCUUCUAUGGAAGCUUAUAAACAAGGUUUAGAUAUUGAAGGUGAAACUAAAUCCGAAGCUAUGAGAAAGGGGUAUGAAACUGCCAAAAAGAGAGUUGAAGAUGAAUUAGAAACUACUCUUUCCUCCAAUGACACAAGAUCUGCUGACUCUUCCAGUGCUGGUGCCGGAGCCGGUAGUGCUGGUGGAUUACCUGAUUUCGGUAGUAUGUUUGGUGGUGCCGGUGCUGGUGCUGGAGGUCCAGGAGGGAUGCCAUCUUUUGCGGAUAUGAUGGGAAAUCCACAAAUCAUGCAAGCUGCACAAGAAAUGAUGUCUAAUCCAAAUGCUAUGGCUGACUUAUUUAAUAAUCCUGCUGUUCGUCAAAUGGCUCAAAGUAUGGGAAUAGGUGGUGAAGAUGGUCCAGAUUUAAGUAAUAUUAUGAAUAAUCCAAUGUUAAGAAAUUUCAUGGGUGGAAACAAUCCAGGUGGAAAUGAUAAUGACAACAACAAUAAUGCUUAG